AUGCCGUCCAGCCCACUUGACCAGCCGCGAACCCGGCAAAGAGCGCACAAGCCGCCGCCGACGCUGACCGUCCCCGAUAUUGCCGAGGAUGCGGCCGAGAGAAAGCGUGUGUUGAACGUGCUAGCCCAGCGCCGGUACCGACAACGCAAGAGGGAGGCCCGUCUUGGAAGCUCCCAAUCGCGUGAGAGCGUCGCGCAAAUCGAGGGCCCAUCAGAACACUCGCACGCAACAUCGCCUCAUUCGGGGUUUGGAACCGGCGCCACUACCACGGAAGCUGCAGCCCAAGAUGUGGCUGGCUUUCCGUUUCUCCCCCUAGACGGCUCAGAUCUACCCAUCCCGUUCCCGCCCUCCAACGCGGCCGCAGGCUCAUCCGACAUCGUUCAAGUAGAAGAGACACCGCUUCAGUGCCCAGCCUUUAGCUGGAAUGAGACAUACUACCAGCCAGCUUUGCUGGCCUCGUUUCCUGUGGCCUUCGCGGACGAGGCUGAGCCUUCAUCUCUAGCCUCACCUAGCGGCACACUCAAUACAUCGCUAAGGCCCAACCCCUUCCCAACCUCUACCUCCUCGCCUGCCUCGAUACCCAUCACCCCCGGCUGCCCACCCAACAAUAACUACAACAAUACCAACAACGACAUUAGCAGCGGCGGCAGCACUCCUUAUAUGGUCCUACCCAACCACGACGACGACAACACCACCAUUCUCAUCUCCUCCACGCCUCCUCCAACCGCAGCACUCUCCGGAGACAGUUAUCACCUCGCCGUCCCCCCUCUAACCCUACUGCGCGCCCUCACCCGCAUCGCCACGCGUCUCAACGCCAUGCCCUCGGUCUUCUCCCUGACCGCCGCCUCGCCCUUCACAAUCGGCAGCGGCCCACAUCCCGUGUCACAGCUGCCGCGCCCUUGGCAGCCGACGCCCACGCAGCUGACGGUGCCGCACCAUCCCGUGCUGGACCUGCUUCCGUGGUCGGGGGUGCGGGAUCGGCUAAUUGGGUUUCUGACUCUGGGUUUGAGUGUCGCUGGCGAUGGCGGUGACGGUAAUGAGGAUGGGAAUGAGAGUGGUGGGGUUUGGGCAACGGCCGGCGGCGGUGGUACUGGGUCGGGGCUUGUGGAUUUCAUAUAUGACAUGGAGGACGGCGGGGAAGGGAUCAGAGUCUGGGGUGCGGAUCCGUAUGACGAGGCGAAUUGGGAAGUUGGCCAGGUUGUUUUUGAGAGAUGGUGGUUUGUGUUUGAUCGGCGGGUUGUCGAGAGAAGUAAUCACUUGAGGAGGCGGAGAGGAGCGCCGCCGCUGAGGGUUGUGGGAACGCGCAGUAGUUGA